ACACUUCAUCGCACGUCGGCCAAGACGUCUUCUGCUGCAGCUUUCUCUUAAUCCCCGGCCGUCCAGCAUGUGGACUAGUGGUUUCGCUGGCCUCUCCCGUUGAAUCUCGCCAGGAGCCUCCCGCCCAUUCAUUCCUCUACUUACGACUAAAGUUACCUGCCCGACUGACCUGACCCUCCCCGAUCCUCGCGCGGUUGACGGCCACCUUGCUUCUCCCACCCACGACCUCACCUCGAUCUCCUUCUUCGCGAUGGCGUCGGCCAUCUUCUUCCUCGACCUCAAGGGCAAGACCCUUCUAGCCCGAAACUACCGCGGAGACAUCCCCAUGUCCGCCGUCGAGAAAUUCCCCAUUCUCCUCAGUGACGCCGAAGAAGAGAGCUCCGCCGUGGCCCCGUGCUUCUCCCACGAAGGAAUCAACUACCUCUACAUUCGUCACAGCAACCUUUACAUCCUCGCCCUGACCAAGAAGAACACCAAUGCCACCGAGAUCCUCCUUUUCCUACACAAGAUCGUGGAGGUGUUCACGGAGUACUUCAAGGUACUGGAGGAGGAGAGUAUCCGCGAUAACUUUGUCAUCAUCUACGAAUUGCUCGAUGAGAUGAUGGACUUUGGCUACCCGCAGACGACAGAGAGCAAGAUAUUGCAGGAAUAUAUCACCCAAGAAUCACACAAGCUCGAGAUCCAGGCCCGACCGCCCAUCGCCGUCACCAAUGCCGUGUCAUGGCGAAGUGAGGGUAUCCGGUACCGCAAGAACGAAGUCUUCCUUGAUGUUGUCGAGUCCCUGAACCUCCUCGUAUCCGCGUCUGGUAACGUGCUACGGUCGGAGAUUCUGGGAGCGAUCAAGAUGAAGUGCUACCUGAGUGGAAUGCCGGAGCUUCGUCUGGGGUUGAACGACAAGGUCAUGUUUGAGACGACCGGUCGCGCGACGAGAGGCAAGGCCGUGGAGAUGGAAGACGUCAAGUUCCACCAGUGUGUCCGACUGUCUCGGUUCGAGAAUGACCGAACGAUCAGUUUCAUCCCCCCGGAUGGAGAGUUCGAGCUGAUGAGCUACCGUUUGAACACACAAGUCAAGCCUCUGAUCUGGGUAGAGUGUCUGGUGGAAUCGCACUCUGGUUCUCGCAUGGAGUACAUGUUGAAGGCCAAGGCCCAAUUCAAGCGCCGCAGUACCGCCAACAACGUCGAAAUCCUGGUCCCCGUCCCCGAAGACGCAGACUCCCCCCGUUUCCGCACCAACAUCGGAACCGUCCACUACGCACCGGAGAAAUCCGCAAUCGUGUGGAAGAUCAAGCAGUUCGGCGGUGGCAAGGAGUUCCUCAUGCGCGCGGAGCUGGGCCUUCCAUCCGUGAAGGGAGACGACGAGCACGGCGGUGGCAUGACCGGUGGAUUUGGAGGUAGCAUGGGCGGUACCGGACAGGGCAAGGCGAAGCGGCCGAUCAACGUCAAAUUCGAAAUCCCUUACUUCACCACCAGCGGUAUCCAAGUCCGGUACUUGAAGAUCACGGAACCUAAGCUACAAUACCCCUCCCUCCCAUGGGUCCGAUAUAUAACACAAUCAGGCGACAUUGCUGUCCGCAUGCCAGAUGUACAAUGAUGUAAAGCGUUUUCUUUUAGUUCAAUAGAUAUCUAUCUUCUGCAUGGUGAUGGAGUGUACUCCUCGUACGGAGUAGAGAGUAGCAUCAAUGGUCUGCUGAGCUUGGGGGGGGGGCAGAGUUCUCUAUCUAGUCAUCGUAAAUAGUCACAAAAUGUAAU